AGCAGGGGGCUGAUUAGCCGAGGAGCAGGGGUGUGGCCAGCGGGGCCCCGGGUAGUGAGUCACACACGCUGUUCGCCCAGUCCCGGGCCGCGAGCGCGGUCCCAGCCAGAGCCGCGCGCCACCCUGGCCCGAAGAGUGUCCCUGGGCUUGGCAUGAGGACCCCGGGGUGCCGAGGGAGGGGCUGAAGCCCGGCGCGGUGGUGGAGGAGGGCGGACAGAAUGACUGACAACAUGAAGGAGUGCCUGGCGCAGACCAAGGCGGCCGUGGGGGAUAUGGUGACCGUGGUGAAGACCGAGGUCUGCUCACCACUCCGAGACCAGGAGUAUGGCCAGCCCUGCUCUAGGAGACCAGACCCCUCAACCAUGGAAAUGGAGCCCAAGAAACUGAAGGGAAAGCGUGAGCUCAUCAUGCCCAAAAGCUUCCAGCAAGUGGACUUCUGGUUCUGCGAGUCCUGCCAGGAGUACUUUGUGGAUGAGUGCCCGAACCACGGUCCCCCAGUGUUUGUGUCCGACACGCCAGUGCCCGUGGGCAUCCCAGACAGGGCUGCCCUCACCAUCCCGCAGGGCAUGGAGGUGGUCAAGGAAGCCAGUGGGGAGAAUGACGUGCGAUGCAUAAAUGAGGUCAUCCCCAAGGGCCACAUCUUCGGCCCCUAUGAGGGGCAGAUCUCCACCCAGGACAAAUCAGCUGGCUGCUUCUCCUGGCUGAUUGAUCGGCCUAGGUACGUGGUCAUCUCCCGGGAGGAGAGGGAGCAGAACCUGCUGGCGUUCCAGCACAACGAGCGCAUCUACUUCCGGGCGUGCAGGGACAUCCGGCCCGGGGAGCGGCUCCGGGUCUGGUACAGCGAGGACUACAUGAAGCGUCUACACAGCAUGUCGCAGGAAACCAUCCACCGCAAUCUGGCCAGAGGAGAGAAGAGGUUGCAGAGGGAGAAGUCUGAGCAGGCUCUGGAUAACCCAGAAGACCUGAGGGGUCCCCUUCAGCUCCCCGUGUUGAGACAGGGCAAAAGUCCAUACAAGCGUGGCUUUGACGAGGGGGACGCGCACCCCCAGGCCAAGAAGAAGAAGAUUGACCUCAUUUUCAAGGAUGUGUUGGAGGCUUCACUGGAAUCCGCAAAGGUGGAAGCGCAUCAGCUGGCCUUGAGCACCUCGCUGGUCAUCAGGAAGGUCCCCAAGUACCAGGAUGACGCCUUCAGUCGGUGUGCAAUGAGCAUGUCGCAUGGCGUGCAGAAUGUCAGCCGGACCCAGGGGGAAGGGGACUGGAAGAUCCCCCAGGGGGCUUCCAAGGAGCCCAGGGGGCUUCCGUUGGAGGAUGAAGAAGAAGAGCCUUCGUCCUUCAAGGCCGACAGUCCCGCCGAGGCCUCCCUUGCGUCCGACCCUCACGAGCUUCCCACCACCUCCUUUUGCCCUAAUUGUAUUCGCCUAAAGAAGAAGGUCCGGGAACUCCAGGCCGAACUAGACAUGCUUAAGUCUGGGAAGCUUCCCGAACCUCCCGUAUUGCCAGCUCAGGUACUGGAGCUCCCAGAGUUCUCGGACCCCGCAGCCUCCGAGAGCAUGGUCUCCGGCCCCGCCAUCAUGGAGGACGACGACCAGGAGGUCGACUCUGCCGACGAGUCCGUCUCCAACGACAUGACGACCGCCACCGACGAGCCCUCCAAGAUGUCCUCCGCCACCGGGCGCCGCAUCCGGCGCUUCAAGCAGGAGUGGCUGAAGAAGUUCUGGUUCCUGCGGUACUCCCCGACGCUCAACGAGAUGUGGUGUCAUGUCUGCCGACAGUACACCGUGCAGUCCUCCCGCACGUCGGCCUUCAUCAUCGGCUCCAAGCAGUUCAAGAUCCACACCAUCAAACUGCACAGCCAGAGCAACCUGCACAAGAAGUGCCUGCAGCUGUACAAGCUCCGCAUGCACCCCGAGAAGACGGAGGAGAUGUGCCGCAACAUGACCCUGCUCUUCAACACCGCCUACCACCUGGCCCUCGAGGGCCGGCCCUACCUGGACUUCCGGCCCCUGGCCGAGCUCCUGCGCAAGUGCGAGCUCAAGGUGGUGGACCAGUACAUGAACGAGGGCGACUGCCAGAUCCUCAUUCACCACAUCGCCCGCGCGCUGCGGGAGGACCUGGUGGAGCGCAUCCGCCAGUCGCCCUGCCUCAGCAUCAUCCUGGACGGGCAGAGCGACGACCUGCUGGCCGACACGGUGGCCGUCUACGUCCAGUACACCAGCAGCGACGGGCCCCCGGCCACCGAGUUCCUGUCCCUGCAGGAACUGGGCUUCUCCAGCACGGAGAGCUACCUGCAGGCGCUCGACCGGGCCUUUUCGGCCUUGGGCAUCCGGCUGCAGGACGAGAAGCCCACCGUCGGCCUGGGCAUCGACGGGGCCAACGUCACGGCCAGCCUGCGCGCCAGCAUGUUCAUGACGAUCCGCAAGACACUGCCCUGGUUGCUGUGCCUGCCCUUCAUGGUGCACCGGCCCCACCUGGAGGUCCUGGACGCCAUCAGCGGGAAGGAGCUCCCGUGCCUGGAGGAGCUAGAGAACAAUCUGAAGCAGCUGCUGAGCUUCUACCGGUACUCGCCGCGCCUCAUGUGCGAGCUCCGGUCCACGGCGUCGACCCUGUGCGAGGAGACGGAGUUCUUGGGGGACAUCCGCGCCGUGAGGUGGAUCAUCGGGGAGCAGAACGUCCUCAACGCCCUCAUUAAAGACUACCUGGAGGUGGUGGCCCACCUCAAGGACGUCAGCAGCCAGACCCAGCGGGCCGACGCGUCCGCCAUUGCGCUGGCCCUGCUGCAGUUCCUCAUGGACUACCAGUCCGUCAAGCUCAUCUACUUCCUCCUGGACGUGAUCGCCGUGCUCUCGCGCCUGGCCUACGUCUUCCAGGGCGAGUACCUCCUGGUGUCCCAGGUGGACGACAAGAUCGAGGAGGCCAUCCAGGAGAUCAGCCGGCUGGCCGACUCCCCAGGGGAGUACCUGCAGGAGUUCGAGGAGAACUUUCGAGAGAGCUUCAACGGGAUUGCAGUGAAGAACCUCAGGGUGGCCGAGGCCAAGUUCCAGUCCGUCAGGGAGAAGAUCUGCCAGAAGACCCAGGUGAUCCUGGCUCAGAGGUUCGAUUCCCGAAGCCGGAUCUUCGUGAAGGCCUGCCAGGUGUUCGACCUGGCCGCCUGGCCCAGGAACAGCGAGGAGCUCCUGAGCUACGGCAAGGAGGACAUGGUGCAGAUAUUUGAUCACCUGGAGGCCAUCCCGACCUUCUCCCGGGAUGUCUGCCGGGAGGGGCUGGACCCCCGGGGCAGCCUGUUGAUGGAGUGGCGGGAACUCAAGGCGGAUUACUACACCAAAAAUGGCUUCAAAGACCUGAUCGGCCACAUCUGCAAGUACAAACAGCGCUUCCCGCUCUUGAACAAGAUCAUCCAGGUCCUCAAAGUCCUCCCCACGUCCACCGCGUGCUGCGAGAAAGGCCGCAAUGCCCUGCAGCGAGUUCGCAAAAACCACCGCUCCCGCCUGACCCUGGAGCAGCUCAGCGACCUGUUGACCAUCGCUGUGAACGGCCCGCCGAUCACCAACUUCGAUGCCAAGCGAGCCCUGGACAGCUGGUUUGAGGAGAAGUCGGGCAACAGUUACGCGCUCUCCGCCGAGGUCCUCAGCAGGAUGUCGGCGCUGGAACAGAAACCCGUGUUGCAGACCGUGGACCCCGGGUCUGAGUUUUACCCGGACAUCUAGGGGGCCGGCGGCGUCCCAGAGUUCACUAAGCUGUUGAAU